GCAGACGAUGUCUGUGCAAAUGAGAUAAACCAAAAGAACCUCAUCUUCUUCAUAAACUAGUGGCUCUGCGUAUGCUCGUCUCAGAAACAGAGAACUGUAAAUGUUUACUAAUGGCUUCAAUAUCUCAAAGCAUAUUAAUGGCACUCACUGUUACAGUGAACAAGUUUGCUUCAUCCAACGUUCAUGCAGUUCACAGAAAAGAAGCCAAAACGCCACCAACAGCGAAAACAAAGAUGGCAACCACCAAUGCUCCGCCAAUAACAGCAGCUGUGGCUGCCAACGAUAUUGGAAGGAGAGGGCUAAUUUUAUCCACCGCCACCGUGGCUGCUCCUCAAUUCAGUGAUUCCAGGACUGAGCUCCUCAAAAAAUACCUGAAGAAAUCAGAGGAAAACAAGGUCAAGAAUGACAAAGAGAGAUUGGAUAGCUAUUACAAGAGGAAUUACAAGGAUUACUUUGAAUUUGUAGAAGGAGCUGCAAAAGGGAAGAAAGAGGAUGAGCUAACAGAAUCAGAGAAGGGUAUUCUGGAUUGGCUUAAGAGUAACAAAUAAAGCUACCUUUUAUCAAUCUUUUGAAUUCAAUUCCAUUGUCUAUAAAAGAAGAAUUAGGCCACAUGCUUACUUCAAGGGACACUAUGAGAAAUGAGCUAUUGAUCUUCAAAUUAUUAAUGGAUAUAUGUCACUUUAGUUAAUUGUUAUUUAUUGUAGAAGUUUGAACUCUUAAUCUCAAUCUCAAAUUAACAUUUUUUUGAAUU